CGCUAAACGGACCUUACCCUUAUUUUUACAAAAUUAGUUCCGAAGUCUCCGCUACGAGCCGCCACCAUACCAAUCGGCCAAUCGAGGUAGUGAGACAAGACUGUAAAGACAUACUUAUACAUAUGCUUAGUGAUAAGACAGGAACACAAGUAACUGAAAAAGUAUUAUUAAGAAGUCCGUAUAUAUCCAGAUUUGAUAUAAACUUUGAUUAAAUAAAAUCUCAGCUGAUGUAAGAGACAUACUCUUAGAUAUGACGUCAAUUCUGCGAGCUUAUGUAUCUACUCGAAAAAGAUUCUUCUACAAAGACUUUAAGAAUUUGGAACGUACUCUAACUUAUGUUGUAUGUAAUAAUGGUGGUAGCCCUAAGCAACUUCCUGUGGUUUAUAACCUGAGAUGCUUCUCAACGAAAGUUAACGAGAAAGCUCCUAACCGAAUAAGUGAAAUUUACUAUGGAAAUCUAACUAAAAAUAUUAGGAGCCUCAAGAUCUUUUCUCUAAUUACAUCUAUAGGUGGCUUAUUGUUUCAACCAUUUUUUUAUAUGAAAGCUGUGGAGAAUGGUAAUACGGAAGCUGUUAUUGGAAUAUUUGCACUCAUUAGCUUUAUUGCUGUGUCUACUCCAAUAUUAUUGAAUUUGGUGACUAAAAAAUAUGUAACACAUAUAUAUUAUGAUCCAAGUGAAGACAAGUACAUUGCAAACACCUACAAUUUAUUUGUUGUAAAGAAAAAGCUUGAAUUUACACCAGAAGAUGUAGUAGUUCCGGAUGUAAAUGGUAUGUUCACAAAUUGUAUCAUAAAGGGUACUCCUCUGUUUUUAGAGCAAAAAUUUUUCUAUGACCCUAGUCACUAUAUUAGAAUAAUGGGAUACGAUAAGCCAGUAGAUUUUAAAUUAAGUAAUAAUAAUAAUAACAGUACUGAUCAGACAACCAGGAUAGAUGCAGAAUGUAAAGACAAAUAAAAAGUAUUGAGAUAAAGUUGUUAUAUUAAUAUA